AUGGCGCUCAGUUCGAGGGCGCAUGCUUUCUCCGUGGAAUUUCUAGUGGGGAAUCCCCUGAAGAGAAACCAUGAAGACACAAGGAACGGGAAAGUGAGAGGCCGGCGCAACGACAUGCGACAUCGGCCCGAGGAACCGAAGUACGAGGACGACGAGCAAUCUGUGGAGGCGAAAGCAGAAGGUCCCAAAACCCAGACGUCCCCCUCUCCCAGGUCAUUCGGCGGUGACUUUGAAGGUCCACAGGUAGAACUACAGGGGAUGGAUCUUUGGAAGAGCUUUCACGAGAUAGGCACUGAGAUGAUCAUCACGAAAGCUGGCAGGCGCAUGUUUCCUGCCAUCAGGGUGAAAGUCGGAGGUCUGGAGCCCGAGCAGCAGUAUUACAUCGCCAUGGAUAUUAUCCCCGUGGAUUCCAAGAGAUACAGGUAUGUGUACCACAGUUCGCAGUGGAUGGUGGCUGGAAAUAGUGAACACCCUUCGCUGAUACCCCGAGUGUACGUCCACCCCGACUCGCCAAGUUCAGGGCAGUCCUGGAUGGAACAAGUCAUCAGUUUCGACCGGGUAAAACUUACCAACAACGACAUGGACCAGAAAGGACAUAUCGUCCUGCAGUCCAUGCACAGAUACCGGCCGCGCAUCCAUGUGGUGCUGAAAGAGGCUGACACGGAUAUCUCUGCAGAUCAUCAUCUUCCGUUCCACGGAUUACACACAUUCACAUUCACAGAGACGGAAUUCACCACUGUGACAGCUUAUCAGAACCAACAGAUCACCAGGUUGAAAAUUGACAGAAAUCCUUUCGCCAAAGGUUUCAGAGAUCCCGGGAGAAACAGGGUUGGUCUGGAGCGAGGGGUAGACAGCUACACCGGGAGACCCACGAACUGUCGGCCAUCCCUGAGUUUUCAGGCAUUUGGGAUCCAAAGGCCAGCCGUUUGCUCCGAGUACCCGUCUGGGAGACCUGUUAGAGGAACACGCUCCUUUCUGAGUUCCGAGCUGCAUCCGACCUGUUCACCGGGGCUGCUUCACUUCAGCAUGGGGUCCCUCGCAGUAACAUCCCGAAAUACCGCCCGAUACAGCCUGGUGUGUGAGAAGGAUAGCCCAGAAGCGCAGCGUUUCACCCUGCCGGCCUGCGACAGCUCAUCCCCUGGUCCUUUGGUCACACAGAGAGCUCCAGCGCUCAUGCAUCGUGUCCCCUCCAUGUCCUCACUCACGGUGCUGACUGGGAGAGUUGGAGGGGGCAACGGACCCGGCCUGCAGUUCGCUCCCAGUGUGCUUCUCUCUCGCCUGAUGCAGCCGGCAGGUGCUGAGGCUCAGCCGAACCUCAGUCCGUAUGGCUCGUACAACUGGUGUGCGCGACGCCCGCACUCUCUCUGUGGACACAGUCUGCCCGCACCUUCUGGACUGCUGGCAGACCCAUUCAAACUGGCAACGCAGCAUAUCAGCUCUCUGGGCAUACAGCAGAGAUCUUCCAACUCCCCCAAUGCACCGAUCUCCUGCCGGGAGACUGACCUUCGAUCCGCCCGUCUCCAGAGCCACAAGAUCUUGGAUAUCCGAAGGCGAGUGAAGCUCUUAGGCCGCAUCCUUGAGCGUCCAAAUCCGAAUACGUAUCUCAUCCGCGCACACUUUGAGCGCCUAAGUCAACGCAGGUUGAUUAUUAACCCUGACUUUCUCGGCCAUCGCACCUCCGCUGAAGAUGCAAAAUCCCUGCCAUCAAAGGUAGCCGAUACUAUCGCCCGGCACUACUAA